UCGUGAUUGCGGAAACAAUGGAGGAUAUGGACGAGAACCAGGAUGGUAAAAUCUCACUUUCAGAAUAUGUCGGAGAAAUGGAAAACGACGAUGACGACGAUGACGACGAAGAUUGGUUAGAGCGAGAAAAGAAGAGUUUCCAGGAAAACAAAGACAAGGACCACGAUGGUUACCUGAGCAAGGAAGAGUUGGCUGCCUGGAUAGUGCCCUCUGAGAUAAACUACAGUCUGGAGGAGGCACAACAUCUGAUAGAGAAAGCGGACACUAACAAGGACGGGGUCCUGUCUUACCAGGAAGUGAUUGAGCAUCACGAAGUGUUUGUUGGGUCCCAGGCUACCGACUACGGCAGGAUUCUCCAUGAGGAGCUGUAGGAGUCUCACUGAGAAAAGCUGGAGCAAUUUCAAUCAGAGAUAGUACUGUCUUUCAAACAGUAUAAGAGACACAUCUCUCUUCAAAGCUGUCUCUCUCCUCAACAGUUCAGGAGACAUGUCUUCCUCCUUGCAGACUGGUUGAUAUUACUCCACUUUAUCAUGUUGGUUAUGUAAAAGGGCUGGAGACAAUUUCUCGCUGAUUUUGAGCCAUUAGGCUAGGAGUGCUUUCUUUACGCUGCCCCCUAUUCAUUGACUAUGAUACGCUAGUUAAAUAUUAUUUAUACAGUAUAUCUUUUGCCAAAUUUAGUAUUAUAUGUAUAAGAACUGAAAAUAGGUAAUGUUUAUUUUUUCGUAUCGGCAAUUUAGCGGUUGUCAUAUUAAUAAUACAUGUAUAUUUUUUGAUGAUGUGAUGCAAAUUUGACAUUUAUUUCACCCGAGUUUUAAAAUUAAGAGUGUGUGCGACCUAUUUUACUUUUAAACGGUUUUUGGAACGAGGAACAAUUCCAUAUUUAUUUUAAUUACCUCAUUUAUUAACCUUAUUAUUUGAACACGAUAAUUGUCAUGACCAUUGAGGAUGGUGGAGUUCAAUAUUUAUAUAGUUAUAAUUGUUUUGUUCGUGUUCUCUUUUCUAAAGGCUACCAUACGUAUUAUAAUUGGUAAUCUAUAAUGCUAAUUUAUUAAGUUUAAUUAAACGAAUAUUCCGUGA